CUCUCUCUCUCACACACCCACACACACAUACACGAAAGGGAAGAUGAUGGCGGUGAAAAAAAAUGACAUCGAGCCCAGCAAAGAAAUGGCGAUGUUCUUGAAAAAUCACCACUCGGAACAACUCAAGUGUAUUGUCCUCUCCUCUGAUCCUCGCCUUCAUUACCCUCUCCAUGUUGAUUACGCCGAGCUAAUGAAUGAAUAUCCAGGAUUAGCACACCUCGUUUUCUCGCAGCCGGCGGAAUAUUUACCCCUGUUAGACGAAUCAGCUGUCCGGGUUCAGGUUUUUCUUUUCUCUUUUCAGUUUGGUUUCAUCUCCAGUCAGAAUGUGCUAUAUGAGGAUUUGAAGAGAAUGGAAUAUGCUAGUGUGAAGGCCUAUGUACAUGUCCGGAUUAAUAUUUGCGGUUCUCCUCUGGAAUUUCCCGAAACUUUUCCGAGUAUUGGACGUGUGAGAGUGAGGCACCGCGGCAUUCUUCUCACUCUCAAAGGCACAGUAAUUCGUUCUGGAGCAGUCAAAAUGAUUGAAGGCGAGAAGGUUUAUGAGUGUCGUGUAUGUAAACACAGAAUAAAAGUUUAUCCUGAGGUGGAAACCAGGAAUGCCACACCCCGGCCAUCAUUUUGCCCUUCUCAGAAUUGUGAAAGCACGCGUUUCCAGAUUGUGGAAGACAACAAGAUAUGCCAUGAUUACCAGGAAAUCAAAAUUCAAGAAAAUACUCAGGUUUUAGGAGUGGGAGCUAUCCCUCGUUCAAUUCCUGUUAUUCUGAAGGAUGAUCUUGUCGAUACGGUUAAAGCUGGAGAUGACAUAAUUGUUACCGGAGUUCUGACGGCUAAAUGGUCUUCAGACAUAAAGGAUGUGCGUUGUGACCUUGAACCUGUACUAGUAGCCAACUCCGUGAGGAGAAUGAACGAGCUAAAGUCAGAUAUUGAUAUUCCUGAGGACAUUGUUAUGAAAUUCAGACAUUUCUGGAUGGAAUUUAAAGAUGCUCCUUUGAAAGGUAGAAAUGCCAUUCUUCGAUGUAUCUGUCCACAGGUUUUUGGACUCUUCACUGUCAAGCUUGCAGUUGCUCUUACACUAAUUGGAGGCGUUCAACAUGUUGAUGCUUCUGGAACAAAGGUCCGAGGAGAGUCUCAUUUGCUUUUGGUUGGAGAUCCUGGCACGGGAAAAUCACAGUUCUUGAAGUUUGCUGCUAAACUAAGCAAUAGGUCCGUAAUAACUACUGGUUUAGGGAGCACUAGUGCUGGAUUGACAGUCACUGCAGUCAAGGAUGGAGGGGAAUGGGUGCUGGAAGCUGGAGCCCUGGUGUUGGCAGACGGUGGCCUUUGUUGUAUAGAUGAGUUUGACAGCAUGAGGGAACAUGAUAGAGCAACUAUUCAUGAAGCCAUGGAGCAGCAAACCAUAAGUGUAGCCAAGGCUGGUCUUGUGACGACUCUCAGCACAAGAACAAUUGUUUUUGGUGCUACAAAUCCAAAAGGACAGUAUGACCCAGAUCAACCAUUGUCCGUCAAUACCACACUUUCCGGACCAUUACUAAGCAGGUUCGACAUUGUUCUUGUGCUUUUAGACACAAAGAAUCCACAGUGGGAUUCAGUUGUUUCAUCGCACAUUCUCUUUGAGGCAGAACAGAGAAAAGGGACACAUGAUGAAGAUUUGUCUGACAUGUGGUCUCUUACCAUGCUUAGAAGGUACAUUCAUUACGUUAAAGGAUAUUUCAGACCAGUCCUCACUAAGGAAGCUGAAAAGAUUAUAUCUAGCUAUUAUCAACUGCAGAGACGAUCCGCCGCUCAAAACGCAGCAAGGACAACAAUUCGCAUGCUGGAAAGCUUGAUACGCCUAGCUCAAGCACAUGCAAGGCUCAUGUUCCGGAAUGAGGUGACUCGGCUGGAUGCAAUUGCGGCCAUAUUAUGUGUUGAGUCAUCCAUGACGACCUCAGCAAUAGUCGACAGUGUCGGGAAUGCAUUGCACUCCAAUUUCACAGACAACCCUGACCAAGAAUACAUGAAGCAAGAAAAGCUGAUUCUGGAGAAGCUGAGCUGCUUAGAUGAUUUUCCCGAGAUGAAUAUCUGAAGCUGAGCUAGAAAAGCCAAUUCUGGUAGCUUGCUGACUUAUGCAGCGUUGGUAUUGUACAACCUUAAACUCGUAAAUCUAUUUAACUUCAGCCAUCACGAGUUACUUUUGAGCUUAAGAUUGCACAACUUAUGGAUUAACUGUUACACCCUCGAUAAUUUGUUGUAUAUUUUUCUUCAUAAAACAUUAUAAAUAUUCACAUAGUGAUGCACAAACUGGC